GAUACAACAGGGGCUCAGAUAUGGGAAGUGGAUUCAGGUGCAAUCAGUACCCAGGUGGAUUCACCACCUCACAGUCAGGACAGAAGACAACCAAGGUGUUUCUUUUAACCCUGAUGCCGUCAUAACAUAACCCAUAACUGCUCAAUGACAAUGUUGUCUUGGAAUGCAUUGAACUAGCAUUCUUAUAUUAUAAAAUAGAUAUGCUUCAGUGGACCAAAAUGUGACUUAAUGUUCUGAUGUAAAUGUGAUGCUUCUUAUUGCCCUGCUGUGACAGAGGUCAGUCCUCCAGAUGAUGCCGUGCACUGUGUCCCAACUGCUGUCUGCCAUGGUUGCCAGGGAAGUCUUCAGCGUUGGUGACAUCGAGGUCAACCAGGUGUGUGUUUCUGUUCCACCAGGUGAGGGUCCCUGUUGGUAGAGAAAGCUAGAGCCUGUUCUCAGUAGGUCCUGUCUCAUGUUUAUCCACCUUUUUCACCAAAAACCCUGGUCACAGAAAAAACGUUUUGGCAUUGAUUGAACAUCCACACACACACCUGUUUUGCAUUUGAUUUCUGGAUGAAGGUAUCUGUGGUGGGUAUCGUCAGGAGAACGGUUCCCUCUGUAAGCAAUGUCUUGUACUCCGUGGACGACAUGACUGGACCACCAUUGGACGUGAAGCUCUGGGUGGAGACUGCGGUAAGUGGAUAAUCAGUGGUGGAAAAAGUACCCAAUUUGUCAUACUUGAGUAAAAGUAAAGAUGCCUUUAAUAUAAAAUGACUGAAAUGAAAGUCACCCAGUAAAAUACUACUUGAGUAAAAGUCUAAAAGUAUUUGGUUUUAAAUAUACUUUAUCAAAAGUAAAUGUAUAAAUCAUUUAAAAUUCCUUUAUAUUAGGCAAACUAGACGGCACAAUUUGUUUAUUUUUAUUUACGGAUAGUUAGGGGCACAUUUCAACACUCAGAUGUAAUUUACAUACAAAUAAUUUGUGUUUAGUGAGUCCGCUAGAUCAGAGGCAGUAGAGAUGACCAGGGAUGUUCUCUUGAUAAGUGCGUGAAUUGCGUGUCAGGGAAAAUGUAUGGAGUAAAAAGUACAAUAUUUUCUUUAGGAAUUGAGUGAAGUAAAAGUUGUCAAAAAUAUCAAUAGUAAAGUACAGAUACCCCCAAAACUACUUAAGUAGUACUUUCAAGUAUUUUUGUUUACACCACUGUGGAUAAUUUAUAGGUCUUCGUCCAGAAAUGUCUCAAAUGUGAAAACUAGGUCGGGAAAAAUAGGGCAUCGCCAAGUUCAUUAUUUUCUAAUACUUCAUAUAGCAGAUAAAUAUAUAUUACUGAAUAUUUGCCUUACAGGAUCCUGGUGUGGACAGUACUUUUGUUUCCCCAGGGACUUAUGUCAAAGUCUCUGGAAGUCUGCGCAUCAUUCAGGUAAAUGUAUUCCAUUUAGUACUUUGUCUAGUAUUUCUCUGCACAUUUUUGUACCCCUUCACGUACCUCCUGACAGGGCCAAAGAUCAUUGGUGGCUUUCAACCUCUGUUGCCUUGAGGACCUGAAUGAGAUCACCUCUCACAUGCUGGAGGUAGUGCAGGCCCACAUGCAGCACAACAGGAACCUGUGUGGUGGUGGAAAUGCUGGAGACAGAUGCAUCAAACUACGGGCUGAGUGCCUGUCAGAGCCA